GCCUAAAAACGGAAGUGUGACCGGAUUUGUGUGCGUGCUGUUCCUGUCCCUUUAAGCCGGUGCGGAAGUAGUCGCUGAAUUGAUGCAACGCUCAGUGGAAGGUCAGCCUGGGUCUCCGGUGAAUUACAGCUGCACUCACAGUAAACUAAACCUGCUGUUAAACGUUAACAUUUACAGUUCGGCGUCCCCUCAUAUAUCGCUACUCAACUUGAGUAAAAAUCGUGAAUUUCGUGUCUUUUUUUUUUCGGUGAGUAAAGUGACGUCCAGUAACAACAGGCACCGGCCGGGUAGAUACUCGUUUUUGAUUCAGUUUUACGCUGUGACUACCGCCUCUUCCCCCAUGUCUGCGUCCAAAUGUACACGGCUGAGCGGAGCUCUGGUGAAGCAGCUGCUGGACUCAGUGGACAGCAUCCUGUUCGACUGCGACGGCGUUAUCUGGCGGGGGGACCAGGCCAUCCCUGGCGCUCCCCAAGUCAUUAACCUUCUCAAGGAAAAGGGCAAGAAGGUCUUCUUCGUGACCAACAACAGCACCAAGUCGAGGAAGAUGUACGCCGAUAAAAUGACAACGCUGGGGUUUGACGUGAAGGAAGAUGAAGUAUUCGGGACCGCGUACUGCUGCGCCGUGUACCUGAAAACGGUCUGCAAGCUGGAGGGUAAGGUGUACCUGAUUGGAAGCGACGCGAUGAGGCAGGAGCUGGAGGCGGUGGAGAUCCAGCAGACCGGGGUGGGACCUGACCACAUCUGCGGAAAGCAGAUUGACUGGGCCAACGUGCCUCUGGACCCCGAGGUGAAGGCGGUGGUGGUCGGUUUCGAUGAGCAUUUCAGUUACAUGAAAAUGAACCGGGCCAUGCAGUAUCUGAGCCAGCGGGACUGUCUGUUUGUGGGAACCAACAGGGACACCAGGCUGCCUCUGGAAGGGGGCAAGGCCGUCCCAGGUACCGGCUGUCUGCUUCGGGCCAUCGAGACAGCAGCCCAGCGUGAGGCCCAGACGGUGGGGAAGCCCAACCACUUCAUGUUCGACUGUGUGGCCUCCCAGUUCGGCGUGAAAGCCGACCGCUGCCUGAUGGUCGGGGACCGUCUGGACACUGACAUCUUGCUGGGCUCUAACUGCGGCCUGAAGACCCUCCUCACCCUCACAGGGGUCAGCACUGUGGCGGAUGCUGAAGCCCAUCAGAAAAGUGGCUGUGCGGAGAGGCAGGGGAUGGUGCCGGAUUAUUACGUGGAGAGCAUCGCGGACCUCAUUCCAGCUCUGCAGGGAUGAGAGUGAGAAUCGUACACGAUACUCAGAAUCCAGUGUCUUUUUUGUUUAUUUUUUUAAAGGGAAUAUUUUUUGCUCCAGAUAAUCUCCAUAACAGCAUUUAGCUGCUUUGUGACAGAGGAGACAAAGACUCUAGAAUCUCUAUCUAAAUUUUAAUUUAUCUUACAUGCUAAACCUUCUAAUUUUAAUAUAUGAUUAUUAACAGCAUGAGAACAAUAAUUCUCAGUAUUAUUUUUGAUGUAUUUAAAUGUUAAAAAGUUACACUGAAAAAAUGAGUGUAUAUUCCUUUUUUUAAAAGUGAACUAUAAAGGCCCUUACUGGAUCUGUGAUGUAAUCUCUUGAGCAACUACAUGUCAAACCUGAGAAGAAAAGCGAGCACACAAGAAGUGUCAACAGUUUGGCAAUAUGCUUAAAGUUUACAUCAUUUUUUCAACGGGCAGAAUCAGGACUGAACUGGCUGAACUUGAGCUUUCUCUGUUCUGUGUAGUCUAAGACCUCAACACAAUGUGCUGAUAUGUGCAUUUAGAUUCAAGGGAUGGUGCAACAGUGAUAUCUGGAUCUGUCAUGUCAUUUAUUGUUUUAUAAAACAGUGACAUUAAUGUUUUAAAGAUAUGUCUGACUUUGCCUUUCUCAGAAAGCCAUGUUCAACUCUAUAAUAAAUUAUUUU